GCCGACGGCGGGGCGAUGCUCGUCGUGCCACCCGGCAAGUGGCUCACGGGGCCUUUCAAUCUCACCAGCAACUUCACCCUCUUCCUCCACCGCGACGCCGAGAUCCUCGCCUCCCAGGACCUGAACGAAUGGCCAGUCAUCGAUCCCCUGCCCUCUUAUGGGAGAGGAAGGGACUCAGCUGGUGGAAGAUACAGCAACUUCAUCAUGGGAACUAACCUCACAGAUGUGGUCAUCACAGGGGAUAAUGGAACGAUCAAUGGGCAGGGGAGAUUCUGGUGGGAUAAGUUCCGUAAUAAUCAGCUGAAGUACACUCGUGGUUACCUGCUUGAAAUAAUGUACUCAGACCGUGUCCUUAUUUCCAACAUUACAUUCAAAGACUCUCCCUCAUGGAACGUCCAUCCGGUUUACAGCAGCAAUAUCGUAGUGUCGAACGUCACCAUUCUUGCACCAUUUGACUCUGCAAACACCGAUGGGAUCGAUCCAGACUCCUGCUCCCAUGUCCUCAUCGAGGACUGCUUCAUAGUCUCCGGCGAUGACUGUAUCGCCAUUAAAAGCGGCUGGGACGAGUAUGGAAUUGCUUUCAACAUGCCAACCCAGCAUGUAAACAUCAGGAGGCUCACCUGCAUCUCCCCCUUCAGCGCCACCAUCGCCCUUGGAAGCGAAAUGUCCGGCGGAAUCCAAGACGUCAGGGCUGAAAACAUUACAGCCAUCAACACGGAAUCUGGGGUCAGAAUCAAGACAGCCGUCGGAAGGGGAGGAUUCGUGAAGGACAUUUUCGUGAGAGGGAUGACCUUGAACACCAUGAAGUACGUCUUCUGGAUGUCGGGCAAUUAUGGGCAGCACCCUGAUGACAAGUACGACCCCAACGCAAUCCCAGUUGUCCGGAAUAUCAGGUACAGCAAUGUGGUCGCCGAGAAUGUCACCAUAGCCGGACACUUGGAGGGAAUUCCGGGGGCACCCUUCACUGGGAUAUGCUUGUCUAACGUCACCAUAGAUGUUGCGCACUCGAAGAAGAAGCUGAAGUGGAACUGCACUGAGAUUGAGGGCGUGGCAAGCGCUGUGACUCCUACCCCUUGUGCUUUGCUCCGAGAUCAAGGAACCGGUGCAGCGCCAUGUCCAUUCCCUGCGGAUAGUUUUACCUAUUGAUACAUUCCAUGAGUGCAGAAAGAGUUAAAAACUGUGUGACAGUUGGUGCGAGUUCUGUUUUCCUUGAAAUAAUUCCUUCCUGUCCAACAUCAUCUAGGAGCAGAGCGUGUAUGCGUUUUCUAGUUCUUGAUGAUUGGGUUUUGAAUCCGGAAA